UUAGAACGCAAAAUAAAUACCAUUAUUCAUGUGUUAGCCAAUAUUGACUUUCUCAUUUCCGGGAUUGCACUUUUCAUCCCUUUUCUUUGAACCAAUUUAGUAUUUAUAAACAAAAUUCAACCUUUACGUUUUACACCAAUAUCUUCUAGAUCCUUUGUUCUUCUAUAUAACUCCCAUCCUUGAUUCUUAUUGGUAUAAUUCAUUUUUGAUCAAACCCAUUUUCAGUAGGUAUAAGAAUAUGGCUCCGCCAACCAGAAUCGGUCUAGCUGGUCUAGCUGUUAUGGGUCAGAAUCUUGCCCUUAACAUUGCUGAAAAAGGCUUCCCAAUCUCUGUUUACAACCGAACCACGUCAAAGGUUGACGAGACAGUUGAACGAGCCAAACGAGAAGGAGAUCUUCCGCUCUAUGGAUUUCAUGACCCUGAAUCCUUUGUCAAUUCAAUCCAAAAACCCCGUGUCAUAAUUAUGCUUGUUAAGGCUGGUGCUCCAGUUGACGAUACCAUCAAAACAUUGUCUGUCUAUAUGGAGAAAGGAGACUGUAUCAUCGAUGGUGGUAACGAGUGGUAUGAGAAUACCGAGAGAAGAGAGAAAGAAAUGAACGCGAAAGGACUCCUUUACCUUGGAAUGGGAGUCUCCGGUGGUGAAGAGGGUGCAAGACAUGGACCCUCCUUGAUGCCUGGUGGCUCGUUUGAUGCGUACAAAAACAUCGAGGACAUUCUUCUUAAGGUAGCUGCCCAGGUUCCCGACAGUGGCCCGUGUGUAACAUAUGUUGGAAAAGGCGGCUCAGGCAACUUUGUUAAGAUGGUUCACAAUGGAAUCGAAUACGGUGACAUGCAGUUGAUUGCAGAGGCUUACGACGUGCUGAAAUCAGUCGGAAAACUCUCGAACGAGGAGUUGAAGGAAGUUUUUGCCGAGUGGAACAAAGGAGAGCUUCUUAGCUUCUUGAUCGAGAUUACUGCUGAUAUAUUCGGAAUCAAAGAUGACAAAGACGAAGGGCAUUUGGUUGAUAAAGUGUUGGAUAAAACCGGCAUGAAGGGUACCGGAAAAUGGACAGUUCAGCAAGCUGCUGAUUUAUCCGUUGCUGCCCCUACGAUUGCAGCAUCUUUGGACUCGAGGUUUCUCAGUGGUCUAAAAGAGGAAAGAGUUGAAGCUUCAAAAGUCUUCAAAGCUGGUGGGAUUGACAACAUUUUUGUGGACCAAGAAGUCGAUAAGAAGAAACUGAUCGAUGAUGUUAGGCAAGCGCUUUACGCUUCAAAAAUAUGUAGCUAUGCACAAGGAAUGAACUUGAUUCGUGCAAAGAGUGUCGAGAAAGGAUGGGACUUGAAACUCGGGGAGCUUGCUAGAAUAUGGAAGGGUGGUUGCAUUAUUCGCGCUAUAUUUUUGGAUCGCAUCAAGAAGGCAUAUGACAGGAACCCAAAUCUUGCAAACCUCUUAAUCGAUCCAGAAUUUUCGAAGGAGAUGAUUGAGCGACAAUCUGCUUGGCGAAGGGUUGUCUGCCUUGCGAUCAAUUCUGGUAUCAGCACCCCCGGUAUGUCAACCAGCCUUGCUUAUUUCGAUUCGUAUAGGAGGGAAAGGCUGCCUGCUAAUUUAGUGCAGGCCCAAAGAGAUUAUUUCGGAGCUCACACCUAUGAAAGGAUCGACAUAUCUGGUGCAUUCCAUACCGAAUGGUUCAAACUCGCUAAGCAAUCCAAGAUCUAAGUCGAAUCGAGAUUGCAAUUUGCAAUUUGCAAUUUGCGAUUUGCGAUUUGCGAUUCCUCUUCAAAGCCACAACCCGGCAUGCAAUGAUGUUCAUGUGGUAAGACGAGUAUUUACCCUCGAAAGUUUAUGUAGUCUGUUAUAAUUUCGUUCUCUUUGGCUUUUCACGUCUUUCGGCUAUUGUCUACGAGAUUGUUGAAUUCGAGUUGAGUCACGAAAUUCCCUUCUUGUGUUGUUGAAGGAUAAUACUAGUAUUUUUCAUUAUAUUUGCUCUUUUUGGUUCAGAAGAUUUACCGGCUGAAUAUAAUUUAUUUAAUAAAAACUUCGUUAUUUAUCUUCCA